GCGCACACGCAGACGCGCACACACAGACACACGCGUACACCCCGCACACUUCCACGCCCCUGGCCGCGUCCCGGGCGCUGCGCGGCUCCGUGCGGCUGGCUGCAAGCUAGGACCGGGGCGGGGGCGGGGGCGGCGGCGGCGGGAGCGGAGGAGGCGGAGCAGGGCCCGGGAGCGGGCUGGCCCGCGCUGCUCCUGCUGGCCGGGGAUUUUCCAGCCUGGGCGCUGACGCCGCGGACCUCCCUGCGGCCUCCGCGGACCAUGGGCGACAAAGGGACACGAGUGUUCAAGAAGGCCAGUCCGAAUGGAAAGCUCACCGUGUACCUGGGAAAACGGGACUUUGUGGAUCACAUCGACCUCGUGGACCCUGUGGAUGGUGUGGUGCUGGUGGAUCCUGAGUAUCUCAAAGAGAGGAGAGUCUACGUGACACUGACCUGCGCCUUCCGCUAUGGCCGGGAGGACCUGGAUGUCCUGGGCCUGACCUUUCGCAAGGACCUCUUUGUGGCCAACGUGCAGUCCUUCCCACCAGCUCCCGAAGACAAGAAGCCCCUGACGCGGCUGCAGGAGCGCCUCAUCAAGAAACUGGGCGAGCAUGCCUACCCUUUCACCUUUGAGAUCCCUCCAAACCUCCCAUGCUCUGUGACGUUACAGCCGGGGCCUGAAGACACAGGGAAGGCCUGUGGUGUGGACUAUGAAGUCAAAGCCUUCUGCGCCGAGAACCUGGAGGAGAAGAUUCACAAGCGGAAUUCUGUGCGUCUGGUCAUCCGGAAGGUUCAGUAUGCCCCAGAGAGGCCUGGCCCCCAGCCCACAGCUGAGACCACCAGGCAGUUCCUCAUGUCGGACAAGCCCUUGCACUUAGAGGCCUCCCUGGACAAGGAGAUCUAUUACCACGGAGAACCCAUCAGCGUCAACGUUCAUGUCACCAACAACACCAACAAGACAGUAAAGAAGAUCAAGAUCUCAGUGCGACAGUAUGCGGACAUCUGCCUUUUCAACACAGCUCAGUACAAGUGCCCUGUGGCCAUGGAAGAGGCUGACGACACAGUGGCACCCAGCUCCACGUUCUGCAAGGUCUACACGCUGACUCCCUUCCUGGCCAACAACCGGGAGAAGCGGGGUCUCGCCCUGGAUGGGAAACUCAAGCAUGAAGACACGAACUUGGCCUCCAGCACCCUGCUGAGGGAAGGAGCCAACCGCGAGAUCCUGGGGAUUAUUGUUUCCUACAAAGUGAAAGUGAAGCUGGUGGUGUCUCGGGGCGGGCUGCUGGGAGAUCUUGCAUCCAGUGACGUGGCUGUGGAACUGCCCUUCACCCUAAUGCACCCCAAGCCCAAAGAGGAACCCCCACAUCGGGAAGUUCCAGAGAACGAAGCGCCAGUAGAUACCAAUCUCAUAGAACUUGACACAAAUGAUGACGACAUUGUAUUUGAGGACUUUGCCCGCCAGAGACUGAAAGGCAUGAAGGAUGACAAGGAAGACGAUGAGGAUGGUACUGGCUCUCCACAGCUCAACGACAGAUAGACGGGGCCGGCCCUCCCUGCGGGCAGCUCCAGGGCCCCUCUCAUGCACUAGGAUGCUUAUUCGUCUUCUUCCUGUCUGGUUUCUCCUCCCCUUUGUUCUUCCAGUUUCUACCAGGGGGCCCCAGAGGUCUUCUUCCAGGUCACGGUGAUGGACCUCUGGCCUCAGGAUUGGCCCCACAUGAUCAUGCCAACAGGACCACAAAGCACCACCUUCACCCCACCUCUGCAGUCACCUCUCAACUCCCCACAUGUUCAUGCUGACUCCCAGAAAGGCCACCAUGGCUCUGGCCUUGGAAUUUGACAUGAUAUGGGGAGCAAACGGGAGGAUGGGGCAUGGGGCUUGGCGGGUGGGGAUGAGAGCUCAAGACACAUGAGAAAUGUCCAUAGUCCCAGGUGAUUAACACAGUCCGGCAGCUAAAAGAUGAUGGCAUCGAGGGCCACCUCCUUCUAGCCGGGCGGGGUAGACUUGUGGAUAGAUUCUCAAUGCCUUUUUGCAGUUUGGACCCACCAAAGACCUCUCCCCUUCCACUCUCAUCCCCACCCCUGGCCCUCUCUGUCUGGUAGUGACAUUACUGAAGGUUCAUAGACUCCAGGAAUAGAGAAAAGCAACUGGACUGACUUUCUUACCAGCAGUUACCUAGACUAAACCAAGCUGUGUGAACUAGCCCAGGUAUAUUUUGGUAUUGUCAGGAAGUGACACCUUAGCUACCUUGUAUUUUAUGUGUGUGGACCUCUUUAUAUAAGCAGAAAGAAAGAGAGAGGAAGGGGGUCCUCAGCGAGUCCCACCCCCCCACCGUCCCCCGCAAAGUGAGCUCCUGAGGCGGUUUCCUGAGGGUGCUCUCCUGAGGGCUGACCUUUGUCUCUUCCUCCUUUGUGGACUUAACAUGAUCAUGCAGGAGGCAAAGCUGGAGGUCGAGGGGGCUGGGGCCUUGGUCAAGCUUCUUCCCUUCUCUGGGUGCCAGUUCUCUGGCAAACCAAGGGGGUUGACCAGAUGGCCACAAAGGGCCCUCCCAGCUCUGGCCUCAGAUGUAAACACAAGAGCCUUCAGUCUGGUGAUGGAGCCAGAGACGCUGCCUCCAGAGGGGAUUCCCUGGGCCUCGUAGGUGAUUAGGCCCUAAGAGCCCGUGGCCCAGCAGAAGAGCCUUGAUGUUGGGCCAUGGCCGUAACUGGCAUGAGCUGCUCUGCCCUCCAGCCUGAGUUUUACAAAGAGGGAUAGGCUUGGGUGAGGGCUGGUGAUAGGGCCUGCAGGGGCUCACAGCCACCUGUGAAUGUGGAUAUCUUGAGGUUUACCAAGCAAAUAUAUUGACUAGCAGGGCAAGGAGAUCUCUCCUUGAUGUCUGUUCCCUUCCAUCUUUGUUCCAUACUUGCCUGAAAAGGGAGACAACAAAAUUUUAUUAUACAAAGUUGGAUCUCAACCCUUUUCAGUCCAGCACCUCUGGGGGUGCACUGUGCAACCAUUUUCCAUGGUAAAAUUACCUAGUCCACAAACCUAGCACUGUACCUUCUGAAACUCAAGGGAACCCUCUCCGGGUCGGAACCAAGUCUCCUGGGGACAGACACACUCCUCUGGGGUCCUAGCUGAGGUGCCCCAGGCAUCCACAUACUACCAGUGCUUGCUGGGCAGUUUGCACCUCAUCUGGACAGCUGUGGACUUGAUGAAAUGCUAGAACAGCGCAGGGCAAGCAUAUGUUCUCCAGGGUCUUCUUCCAAAACCUUAGGGGUUGACAUAAGACCCUUUGGGGUGACCACCGUCCUGCAAACCUUUUCUCCCAUUCCUGAAACAGGCAUGCAAAUCUGUCAGACCACAUUCUUAAGUUUCCUCCACCUCAACAUCACACUCACCUUUUGACUUGAGCCCCAUGAUAUGUAGCCAAUUUCUCCAGCUUCAGGAAAGCAUCAGGAUUGUACAAGCGCACUGGCCAAGUUUAGUUGAAGUCAACCUAACCCUCCUUUGCUGACAUCUUCUCUGCUCUAGGCUAAGCACUGGACACACAAGGAUGAGUCAGUCCAAGCCCCUGUCCUCAGGAAGCUCAUGGUCAGGAGAAAGUUAUGGGGGGAGUAGUAGGGGCCAUUGCCUUCAGGGUUCCGUGCCUGCUGUUAGUCCAUAUAGUGCCUUGACAUCAGUAGAAAACAGGGCCCUUUUCAGGUGGAUUCAGACCCACAGCAGACUGGACAGCUUUGUGAGUGGCACAUAGGAUUUGGGUACCACUUGUCCCUUGGCCAGACGCCCUCCUACACAGCCAUGUGCUGCAAUCAUGAGGGACACACAGGCUUGAGUGUUUCCUUCCACCUCUUCCUGCAGAGGAUGGCCUAGAUCACCUUUCCAGACUUCUGGCAGGCUCUAGACCAGCAGUUCUCAGCCUGUGGGUCGCGACCCACAGGAACUGUAUUAAAGGGUCGCGGCAUUAGGAAGGUUGAGAGCCAUUGAUCUAGACACCAUCCCAGCCCUCCAAAGCAUGACUGAUUCCCUGAGGGGCCCCUCUUCAUUCUGGAGUCAGCCUGUCCAGGUGAGACUUUUGAGUAAACAAGGGGUUGGGGAGCCUCAGGCGCCAGGCCACAGUGUUGGCUGUUUCUGUGCCAAGUGCCGACUGGGCAGCCCUGCAGUGGGACUUUCAGCACACCAUGUGGAUGGCACAUAGAUGCUAGUCUGGGCAGGAAAGAUGAGCAUUCCUUGGGUGGCCCCCUAAGCAGGGGGCCCAUUGCAGCCAAGAGAAGAGUUCAGUUCCCAUGAAGGUAAGGACUGAGUUGUUGGCUAGACCCCACAGGCCGCCUCAGCCCCACAGCCCUGCAAGGCUAACAUGGGCUCAUUUGGGGUACUGAUUCAGCUGGUAGAGAUUCCGACAAGCUGGUUCCCACAUGAUGUAGUGAAAAGAAAAUUGUCUUGGAAGUCCUCAGUGCCACCUCUCAGUCCUAGCUGUCACCAACCAGCUGGGUGGCCUUGAGCAAGUUAUUCAACUUCCUGGACUUAGUUUUCCUAACUGUAAAACUAGGGGCAGUAAUCCCUCCCCUGCCUGACCCAAGAAAUAGCUAUGAGGUCCUGAUGAGAUAAAAGUUGGUGGCCUGUGCUCUGUAAGUUGCAAAUGGCUGCACAGAUGUGGCCGUGCACCUGCAGGAGCAUGGCCUAAGGUCACACAGGAAGUUUGCUGUAUGCUGAGCCCUCUUCUCACCUGUCAUCUCUUGCCUGCUUUCUCACUUAGGCAGAUGUCAACCAGAAUGAGAUGCAGCCAAAUUGGCUUUGAUGAAGCAGUAGAGAGGGAAAUUUAGACACUAUUCAGGAAUAUAAUACCCAAGAAUAGUCACUCCAACAACCAGGACCAGAGGUAAGGCAUGGUUAGUGUCAGUGAUUGGGAGAGGGGAGUAUCUUGAACCCGCCCAGACCUUGUGUCACCACAUCCCCCACCCCCAGACACCACGGAAACCAAGAAGCUUUGGCUGUGACCUCAAGUUAAAGAGAACCGCCAGCCCCUAGGCCCAGGAAGUGGAACCAUUCCAUCAAAGAAACACAAGGGUGGGCAGUACCUGUGGCUCAAAGGAGUAGAGCGCUGGUCCCAUAUGCUGGAUGUGGUGGGUUCAAACCCAGCCCUGGCCAAAAACUGCAAAAAAAAGAAAAGAAAAAGAAAAAAAACCCAAGGGUGAGAGGAGAUAGAAAUUGCCUGCUCUUUCCCUUCAAGGUAUAAGGCCCCAUCCCCAACCACCAUAGCUGCUGCUUGCUGACAUUGGAAGGGCUUUGGACCUAGGGAAAAUCGAGGCCUCUUGGUCUGAGAGCUGGGCCCAGCUGACUCAUUCCCUAGUGGUCUCAGCAGCCCAGAGAGUUAGCUUCUCUCCUGCCAGUUGCCAGGGACUGGACAUCCUCCACCCAUCCAAGAGGAAGGGGUUAGGCUCCAGUCUUAAACUUUUUAGAGUCUCACGGACAUGAGCCUAUGUCUGUUCUGAUAGGUUUCUUUUUAAACUCAAUAAGGACCAAAAGAUUCCUCUGAGCCUCAUCUAUACCCCACCUCUACCACUUCUGCACAGGGUCAAAGAGAGGCUCUGGUGAAGGGAGAACAGCCUCUCCUCAUCACUCUCCCAAGUUGUCACUCCAAAAGGGAGCUCAAAGCACAGGUCCCUGGGACCCAUGACUGUAGACACUGACACAGUGGUUUUCAAACCAGGUGCUGUGGAACCCCUGGAAUUCCACAGAGCUUAGUCAGGGUCUGCUAAGGUGGGAAGAUGGGGUGGAGGCAAAGGAUAGAUCUCCCCAUUCCCACUUCCACCGAAACAACUCUGAUUUUAUCUGUCUUCCUGAUUAAGGCUUCACUUUCAAAAUUUCUUUUAUAAGAAAAACUUCAAACCACCAUUCUGAGGUUUGAUUUUAGACCAGCAAGCACAGGUUCUAUUCUUGCUUUUCACGUUGGAAUGGCUCUGGCAUUCCAGUGCAAAGGGUUUUUGUAUUGGAAUUUGGGUCCCAGACCCAGGCUCGAGCUUCUGCUUAGACACACACAUGCAUGUUCACACUGCACUUUGGAUGCCUUUUCUAGCCAACCUACCCUGACACUCUGGCCUGGGCCUGACCUGGGCAGGGGCCUGGUGCUCAGUGCGGAUGGGUCUUGACUCCAACAGUGGCCCACACAACAUGGGGAACCAUGGAACCAGGAAACAGGCCCCCUUAGACUUGUAUCUAUACUCCUAGGUGGCACCCAUGUCCCUGGCCCAUGCUUGAGGGACAAAGAAGGAGCAGAGUGAUGGGGGGAGAUGUUUUUGUCUUUUCUCACAGCCGGAUGGAUGGGAAUCCAGGUCCACAUAAAAGACAGGUUCAGCGAGGACUUUAUGGGAAAUGCUCCUCUCUUGAGGGCAGGAUUUCCCCAGAAACUGUUUUGUUUUUUGAGAUGAAAUUUCACUCUGUUGCCUAGGCUAGAGUUUUGUGGUGUCACAGCAACCUCAAACUCCUGGGUCCGAGCAAUCCUGUUGCCUCAGCCUCCUGAGUAAGUGGGACUACAGGCACCUGCCACUGUGCCGGCUAGUUUUUUCUAUUUAUAGUAGAGAUGGGGUCUCGCUUUUGCUCAGGCUGGUCUCAAACUCUCGAGCUCAAGCAGUCCACCUGCCUCGGCCUCCCAGAGUGCUAGGAUUGCAGGCAUGAGCCACUGCACCCAGCCUCCAGAGACCUUUUAAGCAGCAAGUUUCCCUCGAGUAACUUCAUGUGAUUCUGUCCUCACAUUUGUGAACAACCAGGAGUGUGCACAACAGGAGGCUCUUGUGGCUCCUGCUGCUCCCUGAACUCUGUCCUCUGCCCAGAUCCCUCAGCAGGAACCAUUAGCAGGUGAGCCCUUUAGGUGAGACCCAGACUAGUCCUUUGCACAAAAUCCUGCCUAGGUGCCCCUACCUCAGGCAAUCUAGGUGAAAACAUGAAGCUCAGGGCACAGCAAGCCACAUGACAUGGAGGAAAGAAUGCUGACUGGUAUUUUACUUUCAGCCUCAGUGUGCUCCAGGGACCUCGUUGGCCUGAGUUUUCCCAUGUGUAAAUUAGGGCUAGUGCCAGGCUCUUCCCACCUCCCAGGCAUUAUUGCAAGUGGGUAUGAAAGGUGGUCAUGGGAGGUGUUGGCAUAUGAGAGGCUGCUGCCUCACAAACUCAAGGUGAGGUCCCGGCCUGCUCUGUAGAUCAGAAGAAGACUCAGGGACGCGUGUAGGAUGAUGUGCCGUCUUCAUCUUCCUGGGCAUCUCUGCCUGGCAUUAAGGUCCAGCCACAUGCUAUGGAGCCUGCUGCUUCCUAGGUGAUGGGAGCCCACAGGUGUGUGUCCUGGGCACGGGGAGUGAGGGAUGACGGGGAUGGGUCUCCAGGUCUGUGGCCCUUCUGUCAAGUGGUUAUUUAGUGACACUCUCAUUCCCAGACCACCUGCCAGGUUUAUCUGUUGUACCUGUGGCAUUCCUUAUUAUGUCAGAUAAGUUAUUAUCGUUUAUUCAACUCUAACAGGACAAAUGAACAAAAGAACCAUAAGUAGGAGACUAUUAAAGAUCUUUUGUG